UGUUGCCCAGGCUGGAGUGCAAUGGUGCAAUCUUGGCUCACUGCAACCUCCACCUCCCACGUUUAAGUGAUCCUCCUGCUUCGGCCUCCUGAGUAGCUGGGAUUACAGGUGUGCACCACCAUGCCUGGCUAAUUUUGUGUAUUUUUAGUAGUGAUGGGGUUUCACCAUGUUGGCCAGGCUAGUCUUGAACUCCUGACCUCAGGUGAUCCACCCACCUCGGCCUCCCAAAAUGCUGGGAUUACAGGUGUGAGCCACCAUGCCUGGCCGACAUUAAUAUUUUUGAAGAUUCAGACCAGUUGUCUAAUAAAAUGUUCCACAGUCCAGAUUUGUCUUACUUCCCCAUGAUUAGAUUCAGCAUAAACAUUUUGGCAAGAAUAUUACAAGCACUGUGCACUUCCAGUGGCAUCCAGGACAUGGGGAAGAACAUAUUAAAUUGUCCCAUUAUUGUGACCACAUGGUUGGGGUCGUAUUCAUCAGAUUUAUCCGUGUAAAAGUACCUCUUCUCCUUCUUAAAUGAGGUGGUACUUUGAGAAUACGUGUUUCAUUUCUUAACUUCCCACUCAAUGGUGAAAAUGCCUUCAUCAAUUAUUACAUUUGGUGGUUGCAAAAUGAUACUUUCCUCAUUCUCUCUGCAUUUUUUUAGCUGGCACUCUUCUACAAAGAUGCUGUUGUUUUUUUUCUCUGCACCCUCCCCAACCUCUUUUUCUUUGAUAAUCCCUAUGGAGUUCGAUUCUCUUUCUAUUCAAUGGUACCAUCUUAUCUUUUUGAUACUCAAAUUUUGCCAGAUUUGGCCAAUGAGAGCCCCUGCAAAUUGCCUCAUGUGUCCUUUGUCGUGUACAAAUCAUUCCGAACCAAUUGCAAAAGUACAGGAUUUCCUAAUUGUUUUACUGAUCAAGAUUUAUCCUAUCCAUGGCUCCAGCAAAGGUAUGCUUCAAGCCACACAGGGUCUUUGGGAGAAGGCUAGAUACCGGAACAAAAUCAGGGUUCUCUUUUAUGAAAGCUAAAAGGUAAGAGCCAGUGGGUUUAGGCUGGGUUGAUAGUCAACAGCUCAGCAAAUUUGAUGUGAUCAUGUAUUUUAAGAAAUAUGAAUCAGCAAAUUCCAAUCCCAAGAACACUGCUGGAGCACUGGUUAUUUUCCUAUCUAGCAAGCCAGUCUUCAGGAACUUCCAUCUAUCCACGGGUCUCUAGAAGUCAAUGUUGUUUUUUGAGCGGGACAGCCCUUGCCUUUUUGAACAGUUGAGCAGAAGAUCUAUUUGUAGAGGUCUCACAGAACCCCAGGGGCUUAGUUAAGGUUGUCUACCCUGGCAAGUACCUAACAUCAGCCAGUUCAUUUCUAAGAGAUGAGGUUUCAUUAUAUUGUCCAGACUGAAGUGCGGUGGCGCUCCACAGGUGCAAUUAUAGAACACUGCAGCCUCGAACUCCUGGGCUCAAGCAGUCCUCCUGCCGCAGCCUCCUGAGUAGCUGGAACUACAGGUACACACCACCACGCCCAGCUAGUUCUUUAAUUUUUAACACAAGUAGCCUGAGGAUUUUCCAAACCAAACCAGUUUAGAAUCAAGUUUAUUUCUGGACAGUCUCCAAAGACUGGUGGGUUUUAUGGUUUUUCCAAAAAUUUCAAAUGUAUGAGUGUGAGAACAUGUCAGCCUGGUCAGUCUAAAUCCCUAAGAAUCUUUCUGACAAAUGGAACCACAACUCCAGGGAGACUGUGAAUUCAAUCCAAGGCUAGUCUUCCAGAAAAUAUGCCCUAUACCACAGUGCUGGGCAUGGAUUCCCAGGUUACCAACGGAAAUACUUGUCACAGUGACAACACCAAGAAUUUCUAUCUCAAAUCUGUCAGAGUAUUUUUGUAAACCUUACAAAAACUUGUAUUUUUAAUUUUAAUAUGCAAUUAAUUUUUUCCUUAAGUUGUGUAUCAGCAGAUAACUUACUGGUAUUUUAGAUCAGCUUUGUAAGUGUAAUCUUUAAAGACAGUUUAAUAUUUAACACCUGUUUUAAAAUAAAUGCUGUAUGUGAUCUAACUAAACAAAAAUUUAUUUUUGAGGUAACUUAUACCCAUGGCAAUUUAAAUGAUCAAACUACAGAUUAAAGUACAAUGAUAUCAGACAUAUGUCGGUGCCUCCUGCAUUCAUAUUUUUCUUUCCCCUCUCCAACAGCCCUGGGUUUCCUUGGAAGGGACCCAUAUGGUUCUGAAGAAGUUCAUUCACUGCCUUGGCCCCAGUGACUGACCAAGAAUGCCCAUAGAACCUCAGCCAAUUCAGCUGGAGUGAAUCUCAGGGCUAGUCUGACAAUGCUGAGACAUGUUUUCUUUUCCCUGCUAGGUAGGAACAAGGUUCCAGGUGACCCAAGAGCUUCUGGCCUUUACUUUUGGUUACGGGAGCACUGUUCAUUCAUUCAUUCAUUUAUUCAACAAAUACGGAUGAACAUCUACUGUGUGCCAGAUGAGAAAACACAACAUUGAAUGAAACAUGGUCAGUGACUUCAAGAUAUUUAUAUUCUAAUGGAGGAAACAGGGAGGUGUAAUGGGAGAGGGGUCUCAUAGGGAACAAAUUCUUGAUAUGAAUCAGACUGCCUGUUUCAGGAUAUCUGAAGUAGAAGUAGACAUACCUGGGCAUCCUUUUUACAGUCGAUAUAUUUUAGCGUAUCAGGCUGCCCUGAAUCACCCAAUCAUCUGUGGUUUUGGUGAAAUGUCUUGCAGCAACCCAGGUGCAAAAAGGAGGGUUGCAAAGCCUCCUCUAUCACUAGUGCCUUCAUCCAAACCUUCACUUGGAAUCAGUUUUCUGGUUACAUAUAAAUACUUAGACAAUAAUACCAACUAAGUAAGGUAUGGCAUGGUAUAUGAAUAAUACUACCUUUCCUUAUUUAAAAGGCAAAUAAAACAAUAUACUGAAUGUGCAUUAAUCAUCAUCUAGGUACAUCAGUGUAGUAUGGGAAGUUAAAAAUAUAUAUAUCAUCUGGGGACAAGAGACAACAAUACUUUGUGUCCUGGUUUUUUUUACAAGAUAUAUUUCUUUAUAAAAUAUUUGGAUACAAACCACACACUCAUCACUAUCACAAUAAUGUUAUCUGGCCCACAUGAUUUGAUUAUGCAGGGAAUAUACAAAAUAUCAGAAAAUCUAGAGCAGGUAUUCUCAACAGGUAGGCUGGGUAAGAGGAAUCCCUUUCUAGGGAGUCUUACUAGAAUCAUCAGGGUAGUUUUCCCAGCUUAACAACUCACAUGUCACAGUGGGAUUUCCAUCUGGGCCCCUCCCUCAAAAGCACUAGCGUUUUUUCACUCUUACUGAAUGUGUUCUCUCACUUAUGAUAACAUGGAAAAAACAUUGAGGCCUCCUUGUGAGCUGCAGUGUGCAGAGACAGAGAUAAACAACAAAUUGUCCAGCUGAUGGAUAACCACAAUCAUUAAAUCAUGGUAUAUGUCACUUAUGUGUAUGAGCUUUGAUCACUAUAUUGUUUAAUGUUGGCCAAAGCUAUAAACACCCAAGUAAUCAUUAUUGAUUACAAAUUUGAAUUCUGGUGUAAAAUGUAUGCAUCAACUAUUGUGGAGAGUUCGUAUCAAAUGCCUUCUUAUUGCCAAGGAAAAUGCCCCUUUGACUGGGUCACAUAUAAAACUCAAUUUGCCAGCCUGGGCAACAUGGUGAGACUCUGUCUCUACAAAAAAAAUACAAACAAUUAGCUAGGUGUGGUGUCACGUGCCUGUGGUCCCAGCUACUUGAGAGGCCGAGGCAGGAGGAUCUGCUUGAACCUGUGCUCCAGCCUGGGUGACAGAGCAAGACUGUGUCAAUCGAUCAAUAAAACAAAAAUCAACUCGGAGGUAAAGCAUUUAUUUGCUCACUAGAUAUCCAGAUCUAGACAGGUAGCUCAUUAUGAACCUGUAAAUAUCUAGCAAGACUAAUAUUAUUACUAGCUGCCUAAGUAUUUCACCCUAAGCGUUAGAAAAGUGGGAAAAGGAGAUGAGAUAUAGUAGAAGAUCCCAGGGUAGUUGAGGGUGACAACAAAAAAGGGCAAUGACUGUUAAUAUAAGUCCUCAUAAUAAAGUUUUCUUGGUUGUAAAUUACAUCUAAAGACUAUAAAGAACUAGCAAAUUACAAGAAAGAGUGACUUUUAUAUAUUUUGCCAACCUCAAAUGUGUUGAAAACAGUUCUCCCUCUCACCCUUUCAUCCCUGAAACUGAUUCAGGCUUCAGUUCACCCUUUUACUGAACUGUGAAUGAGCCUCUUAGGACAUAAACUUGUGAGGUGAAGAGAGUUCAGCAUAUGCUCUCCCAACAGAUGUUCCAGCACCACCGCAGAGUUACAAUGUGAUUCUUAUCUUUCUGCAUACUCCUACUACAUAGCUGUAGUAGGACUUCUAAAUUUAAAGCCUUAAAAAAAUUGUUAACCCACCUUUUAAUUAAUCCUCAAAAGAUCCAGCUGGGUUUUAAAAAUUUGGACUAUGUUGCUACAAAAAAAAAAAGAAGUAACAGUGCGAGGUGUAAACAUCUUGGAAGCCUAAAUCUGAAAAACGUAAUAAAACUUUUUUUUAAAAGCUUAAAGCCUGUCAAGUUGGUAGCUUAUUAAAUUCUUCCAUUCACAUGAAAUUCACAGCAGCACAAGGAUUCAAAAUGGGUUAGAUACCGAAAUGUCAUUUAGCAAAUCAAUGAUUCCCAAAAGAUAGAAGUUUAGGGGCGGGGAAGGGAGAGGCUUUUCCUAAACCUCUAUCCAGGAAAUAAUUUUCACAGAGCGUUACAGACUAGAAGCGUCCCCAGCAGCGCUCACCCUCGGCCGGCCGGGUCCCGCUGCGCACCUCCUGCCGCGCGUCCCCACCUGCGCACGGUGCCUCCAGCCUGGGCGUGGGCGCGGCCCGGGAUCGCGGCGCCCGGGCCGCAAACCAGCGCCGCCACCCGCUCCCGGACCCAGUCCCCUGUGCGCGACACCUGGCAAAGUUUCACAAGGUGGGAGACAGCCCACUGCCUGCUUUCAGGAAGUGCAUUGGGCAGCGAGGACUCGAACGAGCUUGUCCCGGGGCUGGCGCGCUCACUUCGGAGAAACCCCUGCUCCCGGGACGCGUUCACUCCGGCCGCGCAGGCAGCCCGGGCACCGCUGGCGGAGGCGGGGCGGCAGCUCGCAAGCAGAGGGGAAUCAGGAGUCCAAAGCCGGGCCAGGGCCCUCGGGAAAGGUGAGAGCGGCCCCGUCCCUUCGCUCACGUGGGCCUCGCACGCUCCUCACCGCGUCCGGGCUCCCCUCGCGCCGCCCCACGGCCCCAGCCGGCGUCCUCCUCCCCACCCCCCGGAGCACCAGCCUUUAGGACCGCGCGGAACCCGCCGAGAAGGAGGCGGCCGGCCGGCAGCUGGGCGUGGCUUCCCGGAGAAAGGCAGUCCCAGGGGGCGGGGAGAGCUACGUCACCGUCGAUUCGCGGUGCUGAUUGGCGGAGGUGCGGUGCGCGGAGCCCGCAAGCUUCUCCGCCCGGUCCGGCUGCUCCACCUCCUCACCCAGCCGCUCCGUCCUCACCGGCUUGCGAGGGAACCGCUCAGGCACCGCCGCCCCGGCUCAGCGCGGACGGCGGAGAGAGGGAGGCGGAAGGAGGACACUCUCACUCGUUUGCUCCCACCCGCACCCGGGCUCCCAGAACCGGCGAGGAGACCAGGGGGAGGAGCCGUCGCGGGCACGCCCCGCCCCCGGCCCGGGAAGACGACGCCAGCGACCCCGCCGGCCGGCCACCGCCCCCCUCGCCUGCCGAGACCCGCCCCCGGUCCCGGCCCUCCCCCGGCGGCAUGGAGGGGCCCAGCUCCUGACGACCGCGCCGCCGCCUCGGCCAGUGCUCCACCUCGCUGCCCCUCCCGCCCGCCCCCGCUCGCAUGUCUGCGCCGCCCUAGCCGAGGAUGCUGAGGAUGAAGCUGCCGCUGAAGCCAACGCACCCCGCGGAGCCGCCGCCCGAGGCGGAGGAGCCCGAGGCGGACGCGCGUCCGGGCGCGAAGGCGCCUUCGCGCCGCCGCCGCGACUGCCGCCCCCCGCCGCCGCCUCCCGCGGGCCCGCCGCGGGGCCCUCUGCCGCCGCCGCCGCCGCCCCGGGGACUCGGGCCGCCUGUUGCUGGUGGAGCGGCGGCGGGGGCGGGUAUGCCGGGCGGCGGCGGGGGGCCCUCGGCGGCGCUGCGCGAGCAGGAGCGGGUAUACGAGUGGUUCGGGCUGGUGCUGGGCUCGGCGCAGCGCCUGGAGUUCAUGUGCGGGCUGCUGGACCUGUGUAACCCGCUGGAGCUGCGCUUCCUCGGCUCGUGCCUGGAGGACCUGGCGCGCAAGGACUACCACUACCUGCGCGACUCGGAGGCCAAGGCCAACGGCCUUUCGGACCCGGGGCCGCUGGCCGACUUCCGAGAGCCCGCGGUGCGCUCGCGCCUCAUCGUCUACCUGGCGCUGCUGGGCUCGGAGAACCGGGAGGCCGCUGGCCGUCUGCACCGCCUGCUACCCCAGGUGGACUCGGUGCUCAAAAGCCUGCGCGCGGCCCGGGGCGAGGGCUCGCGGGGUGGCGCGGAGGACGAGCACGGCGAGGACGGGGACGGCGAGCAGGACGCCGAGAAGGACGGCUCGGGCCCGGAAGGCGGCAUUGUGGAGCCCCGGGUCGGCGGCGGGCUCGGCUCCAGGGCCCAGGAGGAACUGCUGCUGCUCUUCACCAUGGCCUCGCUGCACCCGGCUUUCUCCUUCCACCAGCGGGUCACCCUGAGGGAACACUUGGAGAGGCUCCGCGCCGCGCUCCGCGGGGGCCCCGAGGACGCGGAGGUGGAGGUAGAGCCGUGCAAGUUUGCCGGCCCCAGGGCCCAGAACAACUCUGCCCAUGGUGAUUACAUGCAAAAUAACGAGAGCAGCUUAAUAGAGCAAGCUCCAAUACCUCAGGACGGACUUACCGUGGCACCUCACAGAGCUCAGCGAGAAGCUGUACACAUUGAGAAGAUAAUGUUGAAAGGAGUCCAGAGAAAAAGAGCUGACAAAUACUGGGAGUACACUUUCAAAGUAAAUUGGUCUGAUCUUUCAGUCACAACAGUAACAAAAACCCACCAAGAACUACAGGAAUUUCUACUGAAGCUUCCAAAGGAACUGUCUUCAGAGACUUUUGACAAGACCAUCUUAAGAGCCCUGAAUCAGGGUUCCCUGAAAAGGGAAGAACGGCGACAUCCUGACCUAGAGCCCAUCCUAAGGCAGCUAUUUUCAAGUUCAUCACAAGCUUUUCUACAGAGUCAGAAAGUACACAGCUUCUUUCAGUCCAUAUCAUCAGACUCCCUACACAGUCUCAAUAACUUACAAUCCUCUCUGAAGACUUCUAAGAUAUUAGAACACUUAAAAGAAGACAGCUCUGAAGCUUCAAGUCAAGAAGAAGAUGUGUUGCAGCACGCCAUAAUCCACAAGAAGCAUACUGGGAAAAGUCCCAUUGUGAACAAUAUUGGUACAAGUUGUUCUCCAUUGGAUGGGCUUACCAUGCAAUAUUCUGAACAGAAUGGAAUUGUGGAUUGGAGGAAGCAAAGCUGUACCACCAUUCAGCACCCAGAGCACUGUGUGACCUCAGCUGACCAGCAUUCUGCUGAAAAACGGAGUUUAUCUUCAAUAAAUAAGAAGAAAGGAAAGCCACAAACAGAAAAGGAGAAAAUUAAGAAAACUGACAACAGAUUGAAUAGUAGAAUAAAUGGUAUUAGACUCUCCACUCCUCAGCAUGCCCAUGGUGGUACUGUGAAAGAUGUGAAUUUGGACAUUGGCUCUGGACAUGACACAUGUGGAGAAACAUCUUCAGAGAGUUACAGUUCUCCAUCUAGUCCCCGACAUGAUGGAAGAGAAAGUUUUGAAAGUGAAGAAGAGAAAGACAGAGACACAGACAGCAAUUCUGAGGAUUCUGGGAAUCCAUCAACAACUAGGUUUACAGGUUACGGUUCUGUCAACCAGACUGUCACUGUCAAGCCACCUGUUCAAAUUGCUUCACUAGGAAAUGAGAAUGGAAACCUUUUAGAAGAUCCCUUAAACACACCCAAGUAUCAGCAUAUUUCUUUUAUGCCAACUUUACACUGUGUCAUGCACAAUGGUGCCCAGAAGUCUGAAGUCGUCGUUCCUGCACCCAAACCCGCUGAUGGCAAAACCAUAGGGAUGCUUGUUCCUAGUCCUGUUGCUAUUUCUGCAAUAAGGGAGUCCGCAAAUUCAACCCCUGUUGGAAUACUAGGGCCAACAGCUUCCACUGGAGAAUCGGAAAAGCACCUUGAGUUACUGGCUUCCCCUUUACCUAUUCCAUCAACCUUCCUUCCACACAGUAGUACUCCCGCUUUGCAUCUAACAGUUCAGAGGCUAAAGUUGCCACCACCACAGGGAUCUUCUGAGAGCUGCACAGUUAACAUCCCACAGCAACCACCCGGAAGUCUGAGCAUCGCAUCACCAAACACUGCCUUUAUUCCUAUCCAUAACCCAGGUAGUUUCCCAGGCUCUCCUGUUGCUACCACGGACCCCAUCACAAAAUCUGCAUCCCAAGUGGUAGGACUCAAUCAAAUGGUGCCUCAAAUUGAGGGAAACACAGGGACAGUCCCUCAGCCUACCAAUGUGAAGGUAGUUCUUCCAGCAGCUGGCCUCUCAGCUGCUCAGCCACCAGCUUCCUACCCCUUACCAGGCUCUCCCCUUGCUGCCGGCGUGUUACCCAGCCAGAACUCCAGUGUGCUCAGCACAGCAGCAACUUCUCCCCAGCCAGCGAGCGCAGGUAUCAGCCAGGCCCAGGCGACUGUUCCUCCUGCGGUUCCUACCCACACCCCAGGCCCUGCCCCAAGCCCGAGCCCUGCCUUGACACACAGUACCGCGCAGAGUGACAGCACCUCUUACAUCAGUGCUGUGGGGAACACGAAUGCUAAUGGGACAGUAGUGCCACCACAGCAGAUGGGUUCAGGUCCUUGUGGUUCUUGUGGGCGAAGGUGCAGCUGUGGGACCAAUGGAAACCUUCAGCUAAAUAGUUACUAUUAUCCUAAUCCAAUGCCUGGACCAAUGUACCGAGUCCCUUCAUUCUUUACUCUGCCAUCCAUUUGCAAUGGCAGCUACCUCAACCAAGCACAUCAGAGCAAUGGAAACCAACUUCCUUUUUUUCUGCCUCAGACUCCAUAUGCAAAUGGACUGGUACAUGACCCAGUCAUGGGGAGCCAAGCCAACUAUGGCAUGCAGCAGAUGGCAGGAUUUGGGAGAUUCUAUCCUGUAUAUCCAGCACCUAAUGUAGUUGCCAACACCAGUGGUUCGGGGCCCAAGAAGAAUGGGAAUGUCUCAUGUUACAAUUGUGGUGUAAGCGGACACUAUGCACAGGACUGUAAGCAGUCGUCCAUGGAGGCCAAUCAACAAGGCACUUACAGACUGAGAUACGCACCUCCCCUCCCCCCUUCUAAUGAUACGUUGGAUUCUGCAGACUGAAACGAGUAAAGCUUGCCUACUUAAUACACUCAAGUGUGGGGAGUCAUGGGGUGUGGAGGGGAGGAAAGGAAAGGUAUUUUGUUUCUUUGUCUAUACAUUUCCUAGAUUUCUAUGCAGUUGGGAUUUUUCAUUUCUCUUGUACCAAUGUCCAAAACAAGAAAGAAUGCAAUGCUUUUGAGCCUCUGGUCUCCUGGUUCAACAACAGGCUUAUAUGUAUGAUACGUGUAAUUUAAACCUUCAGACAAACUAUCAAAAGGAAAAUGUUGGUACGUGCUUUUUUUUUUUUUUUUUAACACUGAAUACUUGCUGUGUGCAAUGUUUACUGAAUCUUUAAAACUGUGUAUUUGACCUUUUUUUUACAACACUGGUGACAGUCAUAUGGUUUUGAAAAAAAAAUUUUGCUUCUUCCCAGCUUUUCUCACUUUCACCCUAAACGACACUUUCCUCCCCGGCCAGCCUCACUCUGUUCCCGGCCUGCAGCAGGAGCAGCCAGCAGUGCAUUCACCCCACUUUCGUAAACUGCUCUGCAUAUAAACCAAGGGCAGAAUGUUUCACCCUGAUCUUAUGGGAGGAAUCAGACUCCCAAAAUAGUGUGUAUAUAUGUAAUAAACAGCGUCACGUAAAUACAUAUAUGCAGUGCUUGUUGUCCAAAUAAAAAUGAAAAUAAGUGGAAGAGAGAGGAAGAAGUCAAACCAUAUGAAACUGAAAAAAUAUGACGUACGAAAUGGACAAAAAGCUUUUUCUGAAACCAACUUUUUACUUCCAUCAUCCUUUUUUAGCCUGUUGCUUCAGAGAGACACAAAGUGAACACACUGGUGUGAAUGUCGCUCUCUGUGUGCUUGUGUUUGUAAUGAAAGUCUACAGCCAGUUUUACUUGUCUACCACCGUGUUGUGCUCAGAGACACUACUUGAGUAAAGAUUUCUUCUUUCCCUGUACCAACUGUUACAGUGUUACGUUGUGUUUAAAAUGUGUAUGGUUUAUUGCAAUCUGAACGGAGCUAUGGGUUUCUACCAUAAGUCAGGUUAUUUGUUCCCUAACCUGUCUCUUGUAGCAAAGUCACUUUUAUAACAGUUUACCACUAUGCUUGAUUAUAAUGUGAAAGACUGAAUUCUGAGUGUGUUAAGAUGGUAUUAAUCAUGUCAGUGUCAUGUCACUAAGUUUAAUGCUGCUGUUUUUAAAAAAAAAAAAAAAAAAAAGUUUUUUAAAAAAGCCAAUCUAUGUACUAAAUUGCUUCCAGGUGAUUUUUGAUUUCCUAAAGUGCACUGAGGUUAUCUGGAAGAUUGGGUGUAUUUUUUGGUGACUGCUGCAUUCAUCAGCAACGAACAGUUUCCACUGUAUAGUCCUAGGGGUCAGGGGGUGGGGGUUUCAUUUUCCAUUCCUCAGCACAGAGCAGAAAUGAUAGAUUUUUGUUGUGUGGAGUAACGGUGGUAUGCAGCAGAGGAACGUACACAUUUGGUCUUGGUUCAGAAGCCUAACAGAUUGCUAGACAAGAGAAAAAACUUGAAGAAAAAAGAAGCUUAAUUUCAUGCUUCAUAAGUAGCAUUUAUAUUUAUAGCACCAAUGUACAUUUUGAAACGUUCUUUCGGGUGGGAGUUAUGGGGAAAGGGUGGGUGUGAAGGGGUAGAUGAAAGCUUUAAUUUAGAAAGAAAGUUCGAGUAAAGGAAAUUAUUUUGAUUAAAUAUAUUUUAUUUGAUCUGGGUAUUUUUGGACCACAUUAUUAAAUUAAUUGUUAAGCUGCAGUUGAGUUGUUCAAGUGAGAGUUUUGAUAAGCCACGUAUGGGCCGCAUUGUGAAUCACUUGCCAGUUGUACUUUAUGGAGCUUAUUUUAUGAUUUAAAAUACUGUACUGUACAUAGGAGGUAUGUUACCUUCUCCUUAUUUGUAUGUUUACCAUAUACUUUGAUAUUUGAAAUGUUAUGUACUGGAAAGGCCACUUAUAUUUCUAGAACAGAUUGGAUUUUAUGCAACCUUUUUUCCUUGAAUUAACAGCAAUAAAAAAAUGAAAAACAGCUUAAGAA